UCCGAUUUCAUCAUUUCAAAAGGAAUAGGAAACCCUGAAAAACUAGGUCGUGAGUAUUGAUUUUUACCUAAUAUCCGACAAACGUACGCGUUGCGCGGCUUUGUGCAAACCGAUUUAUUGUGUUCGUGUUCGCGUCGAGGCGGAGUCGUCCAAAAUGCCCGAUGGGGAGUCAGGGGCGACGGUUGAGAAUGUCCGCGUGGUGGUGCGGGUGCGGCCGAUGGACGAGCGGGAAAAGCUGGAGGGCGCGCCGUGCUGCGUGUCCGUGGACGCCGUGCACGGCACCGUGGCCGUGACGCGCUCCAACGCCGUGCCGCCCGAACCGCCGAGAGUCUACGCCUAUGAUGCCGUGUUCGACUGGACCACUAGCCAGAUGGAUAUCUACGUGCAAACCGCGAGCCCGAUCGUCGAGCAGGUCCUGAAGGGCUACAACGGCACCAUCUUCGCGUACGGCCAGACGGGCACGGGCAAGACGUACACCAUGGCCGGCGCCACGGCCGCGCCCGAGCUCCGAGGCAUCAUACCCAACUCGUUCGCGCAUAUCUUCAGUCAUAUCGCCACAGCUAAGGAUGAUGAAAAGUUCCUGGUAUGCGUGACAUACUUGGAGAUCUACAACGAAGAAGUGCGGGACCUGCUGGGAAAUAAUCCGCACCAGUCGCUCGAGGUGAAAGAGAGACCAGAUAUCGGAGUCUUCGUCAAGGACCUCACUGGUUACGUGGUCCACAACGCAGACGAGCUGGAAAAGAUCAUGUUCGUGGGCAACAAGAACCGGCACAUCGGCGCCACCGCCAUGAACACGGAGUCCUCCCGGAGCCACGCCAUCUUCUCCAUCACCGUGGAGAGCAGCAAGAAGGGAGCCGACAACAAGACCCACGUUAAGAUGGGGAAGCUACAUCUUGUGGACCUCGCCGGUUCUGAACGCCAAAGCAAGACGCAAGCCACCGGCACGCGUCUCAAAGAAGCGACCAAGAUCAACCAAUCCCUGUCCGUCCUCGGCAACGUCAUCUCCGCUCUAGUCGACGGCAAGAGCACGCACAUCCCGUACCGCAACUCCAAGCUCACCAGGCUGCUGCAGGACUCGCUGGGAGGCAACUCCAAGACUGUCAUGAUCGCGACCAUCGGACCGGCGGAGAGCAACUACGUGGAAACAAUCAGUACUCUACGGUACGCCAACCGCGCCAAGAACAUCGAGAACAAGACACACGUCAACAGUGAGCCAGGAGACGCUUUACUUACAAGGUUCCAACAAGAGAUCGAUCAACUCAAGAAGCAGCUGGAGGAGAACGAGAAUGAGUUGGAAGAGGAGGAAGAGGCCGAACUGAGCGAGGGCGAGCUGACCGAUGACACGCUCACCGAGUCCGAGCUGGACUCGCUCGGCCCCGAGGAGCGCAAGGAGCUGCGCAGGCUGAGGCGGGAAGAGAAGGAAAAGCUGAACCGAGAAAAAGCGAAUCAAGCCAGAAAAGUGCUGGAAGAGAAGAAGGCCGAGCUGCAGAGGACCAAGAAACAGCAGGAAGAGCUGAAGGACAAGCUGCAACGCCUGGAGUCCAAGGUGCUCGUCGGCGGCGAGAACCUGCUGGACAAGGCCGAUGCCCAGCGGCGACUGCUGGAGCAAGCUGCCAGAGAGCUGGAGCAGCGGAGACUCAUCGAGCUGCGGCUGCAGGAGGACUUGCAGAAGAAGGAGGCCGAACGUCUAGACAUAGAAGAACGCUACUCCUCCCUCCAAGAAGAGAACGCAGCCAAGACCAGAAAACUGAAGCGCGCCGUCCAACUCCUCAACUCCGCCAAAGCGGAGCUGGCUGAUCAGCAGAGGGAGCAGCAGAGGGAGAUGGAAGGGAUCCUGGACUCCGUCAGGGCUCUGAGGAGGGAGAUACAGCUGGCAGACCUGGUGCUGGACUCGUACAUACCCAAGGAGUACCAGGCGCUGAUCGAGCAGUACGUGCACUGGAACGAGCAGCUGGGCGAGUGGCAGGUGAAGUGCGUGGCCUACACCGGCAACAACAUGAGCGCGCCCGCGCCGCCGCGCCACCACAAGCACCUGGAGCCGCCCGACCUGUCGAGCCGCUACCUGUCGUACGCGGCCGUGAACGCGCGCCCGCGUCCCGCCGCGUCCGCCGUGCCGCGCCCGCACACGGCGGCGGCGCGCGCCCGCCCGUAGCCAACUAUUCCAGCCGUAUUACCAUUCAACCUCAAAAUUGGGUGGCAGCUUUUAUACUCAGUAUUCACUGGCUAGAAUUGAUCAUUGUCAAGCCAGAGGCUAUUUAGCAACCCCAUCGAGCAUUUGAAACGUGUGUCUCUAUUACUAAAACUUUGAUAUUUAUUUUAAAAUCUUUCAUGAACACGUUGUCAAACGAUUUUCACCGGCAGACCUAAUGGCUCAGUUUCAUAAGUCGAUAACUAGGUCGAUAUAAAGCGGGGACUCCCCGCAGGCGAUAUAACGACUAGUGAAACUCAUAAGUCAAUAGUUCGGUCGAUGUAUAGCAUGCGGGUGACUCCCCGCAGGUGGCAAGGUGGUAUAACGACUAGUGAAACUCAUAAGUCGAUAUUUCGGUCGAUAUACAGCAUGCGUGACUCCCCGCAGGCGGUAAGGUGGUAUAACGACUAGUGAAACUCAUAAGUCGAUAGUUCGGUUGAUAUACAGCAUGCGUGACUCCCCGCAGGCGGUAAGGUGUUAUAACGACUAGUGAAAAACAUAAGUCGAUAGUUCGGUCGAUAUACAGCAUGCGUGACUCCCCGCAGGCGGUAAGGUGGUAUAACGACUAGUGAAACUCAUAAGUCGAUAGUUCGGUCGAUAUACAGCAUGCGUGACUCCCCGCAGGCGGUAAGGUGGUAUAACGCCUAAUGAAACUCAUAAUGGCAUGCGUUUUGGAAAUCUCCCACGCCCCGCACGCGAGCCCUAUCGACCCAUGAAACUGAGCCAUAAUGCUAUCAAAUAUAAUAUAAUAUUAUCUGUAACUUACACUUAGUAACGUAGUUAUGUUAUAGUAUUAUAAUUGUAUUUCGAACAAAAUGAUUAGUCAAUAUAAAAGUAUUUUUAUACAUAACUUGAUAACCAAAUGACAUUUAUAUUACUAGAAUCUAGAAUGAACUGUUCUUUAGUAUUUUAAUACUAGUCGCAUUCCAGUGAUUUGGUUUUAUUUUGUUUUUAUUAUAUUUUAACUAGUAUAAUUUGGUUAUUUGAAGUUUCUUCAUGUCACUAGAUUAAUGAUCUCUGUAUUGCUUGUGAUAUUGAUAUUAUUAUGUGAUUUCGAACGACGUAUUGAUUCGUAUUUUUACACUUCUAACUGUAACACACUACUAAUAUAUUUAAUAAAUAUUAAUUUAAAUAACCUA